AUGAUUACAGACGAGGUGAUGAAGAAAGAAACGAGUUCACCUUCUCCUUCCCCUCGCGGCAUUGUAAGCUCUCCAACCAACAGCGUUAGUAAAUCAAUUCCUACAGGCUACCAAAAACAGCCAAUUGAGAAAAUGGUUCAUGAGAACCAGCCGAAAGCAGCCUCACAGCCUCCAGACGUCGUUCAGCAGACAGCCAGUGCCGCGGAAGACGACGCCGUCCAAGAAAACUUCCCUUCGGGCCAGCAAAUGCCAGUGGCAAGCCAAGUGGAUGGUAUGCCUGAGUCAGUUGAUUGUGGAGAGUUGAUGGAUAUUGACCCCGCUGAACAAGACGAAGAGGAGGAUGACGAAUAUACAGAUUCGGAAGUCAGCAGUUUGCAUCCUCAAGAUGAGAUAGUCACUGCUAGUGACAGAAGAUCUUGUGAACGUAAAGAGUCUAUUUUUGAAACGUCAACCGAAUCACUCCUGCGCAAUGCAGAAAGAGGCCCUAGGCGCAAGCCAAAACGCAAGCGAACCUCGCCCGAACAGCUAUCGGAUCUCCUCUCCGUUUUCGAUAAAACCGACACACCCUCCUACGAAAUUCGGGAGCAGCUAGCGAAGAAGUUGAGAAUGACGAAUCGCGAGGUUCAGGUGUGGUUUCAAAAUAGGCGAGCUAAAAUGAAUCGCAACAAAAGCGGUGCAGAAAAGCGAGCAAUCGGAACUUCCCCUACUGCGGGCAACAGUAAGAGAGAAUCGAUAUCUUCUGGCUCCGGCAGGCGCAGUUCCAGUGCCCAGCAGCUUCCCAUUUCUAUGUCCAGACGUAGCAGCGUGCUCGUUCCACAUCCCGGUAACCGUCGCCCAACACUCCUCAUCAACCCAAUGAUCCCCAUGGCACCAAAUGCGGCUGUCUCGCCAAUGGUCCCGUUCAUUACUAGUCAAGGUCACUUUGUCAACCCUGCCCUGACUGCAACCGGCACCACGAUGCCCCAAUUUAUCGCUCCAAUGUUUGUUCCGCCAAGCACUCCCGUUUCGUCAAACGCCCCGCGACAACAGCAAUCAAAAUCUUCACAAGCCGCAACGACGCAGCCUGCUUCAGUCCCACACUUCUUUCCACCGCCGACCAUGAUCUAUCCUAUGCCACAGUAUAUCAUACCCUUUCCUUACCAAGCUAUCGGUCAGCAACCCGCUCUGGCCCAAGCUGCCGGGGGGACACAUAUGACUGCAUUUCCCCUUAUGGCAGCCAGGCGUGCCUCUCAGUCGACAGUGAAAACCAAGGAGAGUAAUUCCAUGUCCGCACCAAACUAUAUUGCAAAAUCAGAUCCGAAAAGCGUAGUACAGGCCUUAAACCAAUCACGCUCAAUGACAUCGGACGGUCAAGUUUUAGGCUCGUCGUCUGCAGUGGCCAACAAACUAGAGCCGAAGCUCCGCACUUCUGCGGAUUCGACAGGCAAGGAAGAUGACGCUACAGCCGCGGCAGAGUUGCUUUUAAAUGCAGCUCACAUCAUGAGCCGCCGUGCAUCAAUGUCUGCCGAAGCUGUGGAGGCGGAACGAAACAACAAGGCGAUAUCAAUUGGACAGGAUAAGGGCCCAUCUGAAAAGAUCUGGAGGCCGUGGUAG